CCAAUUUUAUAAUAAAAGUAUUGAAAAAAGUGACUGCUUUUAUGUUCUUGUCUGCCAUCAAUCCCUUUAAACCAUUCACUUCCCACUUUCUCCAACCCUUCUCUCUCUCCGGCACCGUGAAAACAAUAGCCCGCGACCAUUAUCACCUUUGUUCUUAACUUUUCUUUUUCUUCUUCUCUUACUUUGUCAUCCCUUUGCCUGUAUAAUGGGCUGAAUUCUUCUGGUUAAAACCCUACUGUUUUUCACUUGAAAAGUGAGACAAAUCAUACGAAGUUUGUUUCUUUUUCAUUCUACUUGAAAAAUCUCAUCUGGGUUUUACUUCUGGAUCCUAUUUCUGUUCUGUUUUUCCCCGGAAAUACACCAUGAUCACCGCCACAGACUUCUACCAUGUCCUUACUGCAGUUGUACCACUUUAUGUGGCCAUGAUCUUAGCCUAUGGCUCAGUGAAAUGGUGGAAAAUCUUCAGCCCUGACCAGUGCUCAGGCAUUAAUCGGUUUGUGGCUUUAUUUGCUGUCCCUCUCCUUUCUUUCCAUUUCAUUUCCACCAACAAUCCGUAUGCUAUGAACUUGAGGUUCAUAGCAGCUGAUACUCUCCAAAAGAUCAUAGUCUUGGUAGUGUUAGCUAUAUGGUCAAGAACCAGCUCAAGAGGUUCCCUUGAAUGGUCCAUCACCUUGUUUUCCCUCUCCACUCUUCCUAAUACUCUUGUCAUGGGCAUCCCUUUGUUGAAGGGAAUGUAUGGAGACUAUUCAGGGAGCUUGAUGGUCCAAAUAGUUGUGCUUCAGUGCAUAAUUUGGUACACAUUGAUGCUAUUUCUGUUUGAGUACAGAGGCGCUAGACUUCUAAUAGCGGAGCAAUUCCCAGACACUGCAGGCUCUAUCAUUUCCUUCAAAGUUGAUUCUGAUAUCAUUUCCCUGGAUGGGAAAGAGCCAUUGCAAACUGAUGCUGAGGUAGGAGAUGAUGGGAAACUCCAUGUCACUGUUAGAAAAUCCACUAGUUCUAGGUCGGAAAUCUUUUCUCGACGCUCACAUGGUCCAAACUCGGGCCUUUCUUUGACCCCAAGACCAUCGAACUUGACAAAUGCAGAGAUUUACUCCAUUCAAUCAUCCAGAAAUCCAACUCCAAGAGGGUCCAGCUUCAAUCAUUCUGAUUUCUACUCGAUGGUGAAUGGGAAAAACAUAACGAAUGCGAGUCCGAGACAAUCCAACUUUGGGAACUUGGGUUUUGAUGAAGAGAACGGAGUUGGGGUGUUUGGUAAUCCAGGGAGAUCAAAUGGUGGAAGCUCUUAUCCUGCUCCAACCAGUGCUGGAAUCUUCUCCCCCGUGAAUGGACCAGGUGCAGGUGCCAAGAAGAAGGAAACUGGAACUGAUGGUAGCAAGGACUUGCAUAUGUUUGUGUGGAGCUCAAGCGCUUCUCCUGUAUCAGAAGGCGGGCUUCAUGUUUUCCGGGGCGGAGAUCUUGGUGGCCUAUUUCACCAAAAAGGUUAUGAUGAUUAUGGUAGAGAUGAAUUUAGCUUCGGUAAUAAGCCGAUAACGAACGGAGUUGAGCAUGAAGGACCAGUGCUUUCCAAGCUCGGUUCAAGCUCCACAACUGAACUCAAUCCGAAGGCUGGUGCUCAUGCUGAAACAAGCACAGCUGCUAUGCCACCCGCUAGUGUUAUGACCAGACUCAUCCUCAUCAUGGUUUGGCGAAAACUAAUCCGAAAUCCCAACACUUAUUCCAGUCUGAUUGGCCUCACCUGGUCUCUUGUUUCCUUCAGGUGGGAUGUUCAGAUGCCUGCUAUAAUUGCUCGAUCGAUAUCGAUUCUUUCGGACGCAGGUCUUGGAAUGGCGAUGUUCAGUCUCGGUUUAUUCAUGGCACUUCAGCCAAGAAUUAUUGCCUGUGGAAACACAAUUGCUGCCUUUUCCAUGGCGGUUCGGUUCCUAACUGGUCCAGCGGUCAUGGCUGCCGCCUCAAUUGUUGUAGGGUUGAGAGGUGCUCUAUUGCAUAUCGCGAUUGUGCAGGGUUUUCUACCACAAGGGAUUGUCCCUUUCGUCUUCGCAAAGGAAUACAGUGUUCAUCCUGAUAUAUUGAGCACAGGGGUCAUAUUUGGAAUGCUGAUUGCCCUUCCGAUAACGCUUGUUUACUACAUCCUGCUGGGAAUUUGAAGCCUGCUAAAGGGAAAGAAGACUAAUCCAUUUUGAUCUGAUGGCAAGAUGUUUGAAUGUUCUAACAUAUGAUUCUAUGAACCGAUUAGUGAUUAGAGAAAAGAACAAACACAGAAAUGUCUUUGCUUUUGUUGGUUUUCUUUUUGGUCAAGAAAAUGAGCCAUGUUUGUAUUUCAUUUUCUUUCUACAAUAUGAACUGGAAAGUACUGGCUUGUUGUCUGUGAAAAUGAAGACAUUUGAUGGUUGUGACCUGAAAAGACUGGCAGAUCGUAAAGGUCUGACAGCUGUCUUUAGGAUGGGCACGGCUGUCGGUAGCUUAGGCUAUUUGCUUAGCCUGAAAAUAACAUUUAUACUUGUGUCGGCUUG